AUGACAACAACAUUAUUACGAACUGGUCUGCGAUUUCUAAUUUCCAAUAAGCUUUUGAAAAAAGGAAGUAUUUCAGCUUUGUACUGUGAAAUAUCAGAAAAACAAAAUAUCUUACUAAACUGCAAUCAGUUUUGUAAAAUAGUUCCGCUAACAUAUAGUACAAGAAGUGUACAUCAGACGGAUAUUUCUGUAAAUGAACAAGAAAUUGAUGAUUUUGACACCAAAGAAGAAAAAGGACAAACGCUUUUUUGGAGAAGGAAAAUGCGGACAUUACAUAAUCAUUUAGACGUUGAUAAAGAUGGAGUUAUUAGUUACGAUGAUUUUAUGUUAUUUGAGAAAAGAUUUUCUAAUUUAGGACACUUGACUCCAGAAGCAAAAACUCAAUUCAAAAAAAUAUUGAAUGAAAUGUGGGAAGAACAAUGGGGAGAAAUUAGUCCAUAUAAUCUUAUUUGCAUUGAAAAAUAUUUGGAAAAAAUGCAACAUGUUCUUAAUGAUUCGGCAUUGAAAAGAAAAUGUCAUCAUUUUUUGCCGUUUUUAUUCAAAGAUGCAAUUAUUUCCUUCAGUCAUAUUGAUACUAAUGAUGAUGGUAAAAUUAGUUUUGAUGAAUUUAUAACAUUGGGUCGUGAGUUCUUCUUAACAGAAGACCCAACAAAACCUAUCUAUUGCCUUCUCCUUUAAAUGGCACAAAACCAGAUGGUGCUGGCAUUAAAUCUGCAGGAUCCACUACAUUUUCAUCUGUAGUUUCUUUUUCUACAUAUCCCAAUGGUGGAGCAAAUUCAACAUUCAUGUCACAUUCUAUAAUAGUAACUGCUGGACCAGCAAUAAUGUCACCUGUUGUAAGACAAGCAAAAUUUCUUAAUCCAUUUUCUAAGACAGCUUUAGGAUUUGUAAUGUCUAAAAAGUCUUCGGAUUGUGGUUGA